UACCUGCGCGUCCAGCCGCUGAGACCGCCACACCUGGAGCAACCGCGAUGGAGAAAAUCCGCUGAAAUGCCAUGAGGAUAUUAUUUUUUCUGUGCUCACGUUUCAAAGAAGAAGCAGAAGCGGCAGAGCUGCGUCUGUUCCAGAAAGAAAAUUAGACAAGGAGCAGCUCCAAACUCACACAGGUUUGUAAUCCAUCCCAACAUGUGCUAAUCUCCUCAGCGUCACCCACAAGACACUGAACAACUCUCAGAGCAGCUGACAUCAUCUACCGUCUUGCACCUGCACUAGCUGCCUCACAUGGCCCACCCUUACGAGCCCUGGCUAAGGACAGCACCACCUAGUGGUAGCUCGGAGGACAUGAACAUCCCAUCCUGGUGGGACCUUCACCGGGACGUGCAGCCAGGGAGCUGGAUAGACCUGCAGACGGGUCAAGGUGUCGGCCUGCCUUCGGUGAGCCCAGGGAGCUCCAUGGGGCUGCAGUCUUCCUUAGGGCCCUAUGGCUCUGACCCUCAGCUGUGCACCCUGCCCCCAGCUCAGCACGCUCCUGCUUCGCACUCAUCCCACCUCUACCCCCAGGACGGCUUUAAGAUGGAGCCACUGGGCCCCGAAAUGCUGCAACAGGAAACGUUCUCCAUGGAAGAACCUCAGGAGACCUCCGUGUCGGCCCGCCCCAAACCCCAGCGCCGCUCCUCGUCCAGAAGUGCGGGCCAAGCCGCGUGCCGCUGCCCCAACUGCGUCCAUGCUGAGCAGAUGGGCCAGAGUACCGACGACAGCAGGAGGAAGCACAUGCACAACUGCCACAUCCCCGGCUGCGGCAAAGCCUACGCCAAGACCUCCCACCUGAAGGCUCAUCUACGAUGGCACAGCGGGGACAGGCCGUUUGUCUGCAACUGGCUCUUCUGCGGCAAGAGGUUCACGCGCUCUGACGAACUGCAGCGUCACCUACAGACUCACACUGGCGCCAAGAAGUUUAGCUGUGCGUUGUGCCCCAGAGUGUUCAUGCGCAAUGACCACCUGGCCAAGCACAUGCGCACACACGAGUCCCCGCCGGGACAGGAGGAGCGGGUGAACGGAGACGGGAGGACGGAUAAGGGCUUUGACGCGCCCACGCCUCCUCAGUCCUCCUCAAACGUGUCUGCGUCUGACAGCGCAGAGCCUCCGCUGAAGCUGAAAUGUGAGAGCGACCCGUCAAUCUCCAGCGUGACAGGGCAGUCCGGCUAACAUCAGCCGAAGAUAAAAGAUAUUUUGCAAUCGCAGAUUCAUCAUCUCUCCCCUCUCACUCGUAGAGGUGUAGUUUUACAGUAGAAUAGAAAGUAGAAAAAGGUUCAGACACACUUUUACUGAAGAAAGCUGGAUGUAACAAAAAUACACACACCUGUGGUCCUGAGAAUUUAUCAACUGAGUUUACUCACUGGUAAUUGCGAUGUGAUAGCACGCAGGAAAACAGGAGUUGGACUGAUUACGUGCAUAAUUCUGUAAUUCCUAAAAAUGAAAGGUGGCGAAGGAGGCAACAGAGCUGGAGCCGCUGCUUGUUGCUGGACUUCUAUUGCUGCUAAAGCUACAGCUGCCAGUAGACCAAGAGGCUGGAAUGAGUUCAUCAGAGGGUGGCUCGUUAGCUUGUUUACAGUGAAAACGAUCAAAUGUGUUACCGGUGGAGAAAAGUUUAAUUUACCAGUUACAAGGAGACAUUAUGUUUGUGUUUAAGGCUGUCACUGUGUGUGUGUGUGUGUGUAGGCUUCGUAGCCUGUUAUAGCACGUGCAUUAAGCUAUGUGCUUAAUAUAAUAUAAUAUAAUAUAAUAUAAUAUAAUAUAAUAUAAUAUAAUAUAAUAUAAUAUAAUAUAAUAUAAUAAAAUAGUCUUCAUCGCUACUGUAUGUUGGUGGCCCCUAAUACCACAUAUUAAUGAUAACAAUUAUACAAUAUGAGAAUGUGAACAGGUGUUGAAGAUGUAAAACAACAAAGGGGAACUCCAAACUAACCUGAAGCUGAGACGAUGAGAAGUGAUCGGACAAGACGAGGGCAGAGGACGAGCAGAAGAAGUUGGACAUGGACAGAAAAUGGUGCACUUAAUUUGUUUUUUUUUUUUUUUUUUUGGUAAUAACAAUUUAUCAAAUCCUGUGUGUAAUGUGAAAGAUGUCAGUUGUGGUGAUGAGUCCACAGAGAUUAAUCACCCAGUUCUACAUUUCUACUUUUAACAUUUUUCAGCUCUUUGUCUUGGUUUUCCUGUCCUGAACUUAACUGUUUGUUUCAGCGUCUGCGUUCUCAUUAACAAUGUUUCCAGCUGAAUCCUAGUUACCUUUUUUAUCAGAAUACGAGAUGUAAUAAAUAUCACUGCAUCAACUGGAUAGUCCUACAAUCAGUAGGGACCAAUUAGUUGUACACAAAUUGAACUCAACAGCGUUCAGAUGAUGUGUGUGACGAUGCUGCUUUUACUCCAUCACCCCAUAAAGCCAGAUCCAAACGAUUUGAUUGGACUGGAAAUUUUUUUGCUGGAGCAUAAUCAGUCCCAACGAAGAGACUCAAGAACUGUCCCCGCAAUAAUUUUGUGGGCAGGGAAAGUUUGGACUGUCUUCCAGGCCGGUCGUAUCAAGCUGCUUCAGCGUAACUCUCCCUAUGAAACCACUGCUGUUCCUCAUUAAAACACCAUAUCUGUGUAAUUAGACCACUCUUUGUUAACACGUUCACCAUGAAUGAGAAAAUACAGUUAAAUAAAUGUGUCAAUGCCAUAUUUACUUUUUCUUCUGCUGCCCCCAUGAGUUCAAAAUGAAUUAAUACUCCUCUGAUGACCAGAGCAAAUUAACACGGAGGUGGAACGGUGAGGGUUCAUGAAUAUUAACUAUGCAAAUUACAGAUUUGCGUACUUCUGAUUUGACAAGUUUGACUCUUAAGUACAGAUGGAAGGACACAGUACAAUCAUAGAAACAGAAACAUACUUGCCCGCGAAAUGCAUUCUGGGAAACCUGGAUGCACCAAAUCCACACUUGUUAUGCAUCCUCGAUAAAACAAACAGAGUAAGAACACAUUUGGCAUUUUUGGACUGUAACCGGUCAGAUGGUCAAGCAGAAGAUUGACUGACUAUACAGGUUUUUACCUCAAUAAGCUGUGUGCCAGCUGCUGGUGCAUUCAAGUCUGUAGUGUGUUCAUGGUCACUGACUUCAUAACUCCUUUGCUGGAGUAUUAUCAUGCAGAGAAAGACUCUGUGAGCAAAUGAAAUGAAAAGCAAUAGAACAACACAAGCAGCGUACAUUGUUCAAGCUACUUGUUUUGGUUAGUUAACUUACAUAAUCAACACUGUAUGAUCUUUAGUUCUGUAGUGAGCAGUGCGAACAGCUUUACAGGUUCUAUUAGGGUUUAUGUAAACAGUCACACAUUAGGCAGAUUUCUACAUAUUAGGGAGUUACAUUAUUGGAGGCUCACAAUGACUUGUAUUUAGAAAAUAAGUAAUGGAUGAUGAGUGCUUAAACAAUAGUCAAUGACUGUACAUUGACAUUAUUAUUAUUAUUAUUGAUCUUCUUAUGGACAAUUUUUAAGUUGUUGCUUUAGUAAAUGUUUUAGUUGUGGAGAGUGUAAUAAAAUAAGUAUAAAAACCUUUUAAUAAGUUAAAUAUCAUGAUGUAAUAACUUGUAUUUAAUCUUUUAUUGUCCUUAAUUAAAUAAAAAUACAUAUAUGCUGUGUCCA